AUGGCCACCACGAUCGAACACAAGACCGAAGGCACUGCGCAUGCAGAAGAUCUUUCACCAGAUCCCCACGCCACGCAGGACUUGGACAGUAAAAUUCACCACCCUGAGGAUUGGUGGAACUGGCGACUCGUGGCUACCAUGAUCACCAUUGGUCUCUCAAUGGGCUUGUAUGGCUAUGACAACAGUUUUGCGGCACCCUUAAUGGCAUUGCCAUUGUUCAUUGCAAGAUAUCAAGGUCCAGCACUAUCCUUCACAGCUCACAAUCUCGACCUAAUCGUGCCCGUACCUCUGAUUGGUGCAGCGAUUGGUGUCUUCAUUGCUUCACCGAUGAUGAAACGAUUUGGGCGUAAGAAAACCUUUCUUGCGGCAUACUUGUUGCUUUGUACACCUGGGUCAUUCCUUCAGCUGUUUGCCCCGAAUCUCGGUGCCUUGGUGGUUGGAAGAUUUUGGAAUUAUCUUGGUGUCAGUGUUCUUACAACCACUGCACCACUGUAUCUGGCGGAGAUGGUGCCCGCCCAUUUCCGUGGCAGAGCCAUUGGGUUCUGCGUGGCCGGAGUGUCAGCUGUUGGCAUCGUCGCGACCACUCUGGUCUGGGGCACUUCAAGGAUCUUAGACGAACGUUCAUACAAGAUUCCCCUGGGUCUCCAAGCUGCGUUUCCUGCAGUGUUUGGUAUUCUGACGUUCUUGGUGCCCGAGUCCCCGUUCUGGUAUGUACAGCAUGAUCAGGCCGAAGCUGCAAGGAGGACACUCAUGACCCUUCGGAAUGACAACGUACAAGUUGUGGAGGCAGAGCUCUCUCUGCUAUUAAGGUCCAUUGUCGCACAGAGGGAAAAUCAAGCAAACACCCAUUUCUGGGACAUUUUCAAGCCGAUGCACCUCAAGCGAACGCUAACAGCAGGUGCACUGUUGUGUCUCAACCAAGUCAGCGGACUGGUCCUCGUUAGUACUUACUCUACCGUUAUCCUUGUUCAAAGUGGGGUUGGAAAUCCAUUCCAGAUCACCAUCAUCAUUACCUGUCUCCAAUUCCUCGGGACUAUGGUUGGACCAGUGUUGGUGGACAAGAUUGGUCGGAGACCUGUGGCACUGGUCGGCUUUUCCGUCCUGUUUUUCCUCGACAUUGUGGCCGGAAGCUUAGCUGCCGCUGGAUUGACUACCGAGGGUCAAAGACUCGGCCUUGCAGCUGUGUUCAUCCUCUUUGGUUUCUUCAACUCGGCAUCUUUCCAAUCAUUGGCAUUCGUCCUCCCUACUGAGAUUCCAGCAGUGAGUUUACGGGAACCCACGGUGGCAUGGUCGGUCUUCUGGAGCUAUACCACCGCCAUCAUCACAACUUUCGCAGUACCUCAACUCACCGCACCUGAUGCAGCGAAUCUGGGGGCUAAAGCUGCUUUAAUUUUUGCCGGAUGUGUUCUGAUCACGGUCAUUUGGACAUACUUCUUCAUUCCCGAAACCAAGGCUCGCACCAUGGCAGAGAUUGAUGAGAUGUACGCCAUCAAUUUGCCUAUGAGACACUGGAAACAUUACAAGUGCGAGGUAGUGACAUCGACAAUAGUGGAGAUGAAGCAGGCCGAAGAUAACUGA